AUGGCAUUUCUGAGAUCAGUGGCCACCACUACUGCCAUAGCUGCCUCUCUUUUACCCGCCGCCAUUUCCUUUGCUUCUUCUUCUUCUUCUUCUUCUUCUUCUUCCUCAUCUCAAUCUUUCCGAUUCCCUAAACCCCAACACCUCUCCUUCUCCUCCUCUCCAAACCCAAAUCCUCUGUUCCUCUCCACAAGCCUCACCAACUCCCCCUCAGCUCUCCACAUGGACGCACCCACAUCCGAACAGAAGCCCUCCUUUCAGGGUGAUGCUGUAUUGCCAGAGCUCCUGACAGAGUACAUGGUAGAUAUGAAAUGUGAGGGUUGUGUUAAGGCUGUCAAGAAUAAGUUACAAGGUGUUGAGGGGGUUAAAAGUGUAGAAGUGGACCUAGAUACCCAAGUUGUUAGGAUUCUGGGUGCAACCCCUCUGAAGACCAUGACUGAAGCUCUUGAGCAGACUGGUCGAAAAGCAAGAUUAAUUGGGCAGGGGAUCCCAGAAGAUUUCUUGGUUUCUGCUGCUGUCGCUGAAUUUAAAGGUCCAGAUGUUUUUGGUGUGGUUCGUUUUGCUCAGGUGAAUAUGGAGUUGGCUAGGAUUGAAGCAAACUUUAGUGGGUUAUCACCUGGCAAACAUGGUUGGUCCAUCAAUGAAUUUGGUGAUCUAACAAAAGGUGCUGCUAGCACUGGAAAAGUAUUCGAUCCAUCAACUGAAGGAGUAAACGAGCCGCUUGGCGACCUGGGAACAUUGGAUACUGAUGAGAAUCGCAAUGCCUUCUUCACUGGAGUCAAAGAGAAGCUGAGAGUUCCGGAACUCAUUGGGCGGUCAAUAGCAGUAUACGGAACUGCUGAUAAGUCGGAUUCUGGUGUCGCUGCUGCUGUUAUUGCUAGAAGCGCAGGAGUAGGUGAGAACUACAAGAAGCUUUGCACUUGUGAUGGGACGACGAUAUGGGAAUCAAGUGACAAAGACUUUGUCAUGAGCAAGGUCUAAUAGAUGGAAACUAUAGUUGGAGUCGUAGCCUGGCACCUUGUACAAUCAAGAGUCACAUUCAUUCGUUAUAUAUACAUGGUUAAUCCUCUGCAAAUUUUAAAAAAUUAGAGUUAUUUGAUAUAAUAAAGGGCACGCCAGUUUGCCUCCGAGUUCAUAAGCUCCUUGUUUAACCAUUUUUCAGUUUCUGUAUGCCCAGUGGAAAACAAGGCAGUGUUUGACUUGGUAAUGCAAAUGCAAGAUUUUGAC